AAGUGAACAAUUAAGAAUUCGUUUACAUUGACCGUCGACACUUGAUUGAUCUAUCUCACAUAGAAAUCGGACGGCCGGAGAGAAAACAGGAAUCCAGAAAAAUACUGCAGAUUCAGAACAACGAUCAUCUUCUUCUGUUGCUGGGAAUCUCGAAUUCCCUUCAAUGGCGGAAGACGAUGACGAUUCCUUUUAUUUUGGUGAUUUUAAGUCUGCACUUCCUCUUCCUUCUCAACCUCACAUCAAUGGCGUCACUUUUAAAUCCAAAAACGACGACGUAUGGGCUGAUUUCUUCUCCUCUCCUUCUCCUUCCCCUUCUCAAUCUAAAUUCAACAACGGAUUCGGCCCAUCCCCAUUUCUCACCGAUCCGAACCCGAAUAAGUUCCCAAAACAUAACGGAGCUUUACCCUUAUUCUUAUUUGGCGAACUUGAAGAAAAUAAUGAUGAAAGUAAUACAAAAAAUGUUUCCUAUGGGUUUUUUAAUUCGAAGCUGAGGGAUCAAAACGGAAACUGUGAAGCUCAUGAAAAUGUUGAUUUGAUCAAAUCUGAAAUUGGGUUUAGUUUUAAUUUCAAUGGGCAGAAUCCAGAUUUGAUUGUUAAUAAUGGAAAUAAUUCUGUAGAAAAAAAUGAAGACGCAGAUGAUUAUGAUGAUGAUGAUGAUGAAUGGGAAUUUACUGCUGCGUUUUCUGGUAAUGGUGUUGUUGCAGAUGGGAAUUUGAAGGGCAAUUCUGUCGAAAGCGGAUCUAAAUUGGAGUCUAUGGCGGCGAUGGACCAAGAAAAGCCGGCCGGUCAGAAUGCUUCCAACUCUGUUGAAAACAAGCCUAGUUCCCUCAACUUCUUUCUUCAAUCUACUGAUUUUUUCGCUGCAUCAUAUGAAAAUGGGACUAGUCAACAAUUCAGUGAAGUGGAUGCUGGUUUAAAGGCAACCACGAGCAUGUCUAAUGGUUUCAUGUGGGACCCGUUUCCUAAAGUUGAAGACAUUGGCCAAGCAGGUGAAGCAAACGCAAGAUCAAUAAAUGAUGAUGAUUUUGAUGAUUUUGGGGAUUUUGUAGAUGCAUCUCAUGAAACAGUGUCAAAGAAACAGGACCCUGUGGUUGCUCAACUGACUCCCACAAAAGCUCAGUUACCACAUGAAGAAGUCCAGGAGAAACAAACAGCACACUCUAGAGGAGCUUUGCCGCUUUCCCUUUUCAGUGAUGUUGCAGAAGAAUCUAACGAUUGCUUGGUUCUUCAGAACGAAGUGAUUCAUAAGCCCACCCUUAGUACUGGUUAUAGUUUCAACACCCAAGGUUCUGGGAUACCUAUCCAUGAUCUCAUAUCAAAUUUGUACAGUCAAGCACAGCUUAAUACAGUUGAUUCCACAAGAAAAGUUGCUGAGAAUGGAGUCCAUUUCCCAUCAACAGUAGCAGUAACAACUCCAUUGGACGGGGGUGAUAUCGGGGAUGAUGGAUCCUGGGAAUAUAUAGAUGCAUCGUCCGAAAAUGAAGUUAAAGAACGGUUGCCCACUGCUAUUCCUGGAAAUAUGUUUCAGAAACAGACUGAGAUCUUACCAGAAUUGCAAACUUACAUUGAUUUUUAUGAGCAGUUGAGGGAUUCAUUGUGCUUUCUUCUUUCUUGGCAACUUGACGAGCUGAAGAAAGCUCAAAGCUCAGAUGCUGUGUCUGACUAUGGAGGGACGGAAAACCCUCAUGACGCUGAAAUCCAAGAAGCUGUUAAACUAUUGGAAAGCAGUGGAAUACCAGAGGAAGUACUUUCAAAGAAUGACCUUGAGAGAAAGAACUGUCUUAGCAAUUACCUUGAUGUUCUUCGAGAACCAAAGUUUAAUGUGAUUGAAGCAAAUUUUUCACUGUCAAAAAAACUGCAGUUGGCAACAAAUGAGCUGAGGGUGGCAGCUGAACUGUUGAGGCAUGCCCUAUCAAUGCUGAAAAUUCUAUAUCUGGGAUCAGCUUACGAGCAAUCUAUUUAUGUUUCCACUUGGUCUAAGAUUAUCAAUGUUUGUCUUCAAGAGUUGAGUUAUGGUGCAUUGAUAUGGAAACGGGCAUCAGAGGAAAAAAUAAAACAUCAGAUCUUGUCAGACUCUCAAGGUCAGCGGUAUUUUCAAGCCCUUGGAGAAGUUUACAAGGUUGUGGAGCUUCUUGGGUUAUCGGCCGAAGUUUUCAAGCCAUGGAUACUUCUAACUUACUCAAAUUCUGCACAGUUUUUUGGCAUUUUGGAUGAGUGUAAUUCUCUAUGGUCAAAUUCAGGUCUGGAAGAAGCGGUCCAAAAUUUAUCAGAUCAUGUUGAUUUUGGAUGUACCGAAACUGCAAAGGCACUUUUGUCUUCUAUCAAGAAUAUCCGUGAUAUUGAUAUCAUUACUAUGUAUGAUUGCAUUUUCAUACAACGUAAGUCUAUUUGUCGGAUGUCAAUGCUGCCUGAAGAUAUGCUGGAAGACUUGAAGACAGUGAUGUGGGGUGAGAAGACAUGCUUUGUAAACUUGGCUAAUUUGUGGGCUAAUCUUAUCAGUUGUGAUCCACCUCAAUUACCGCUAUUGCAAGUUAGUUGAGUAACAUGAGUUUUGAACUCCUCAAGAUUUUCUCAUUGAGAUGCUGCUUGAAGUUUUGGGUUUUCCGAGAUGGGGUUGUUGGAGUUCGUCUCACACAUCUCAAGUGUUCAAGGUAUGUGAGUCGACAACUCGACAGAUCUUGGAUAUAGGUAUUCAUCUGUAUUCUCAUUAUUUUCCUGUAAUCUGUUUGCAUUUGAUAUAUCAUUCUUUUAUAGAAAUUGUAAAAUAGUGCCUGUGGUAUAGAAUUAUAGAAAUGUGCUAGGAUAGGACACAUUGACAAGCAAUGUUCCCUGUGAGAGUAUCAAUUUAAAUUAUAAAGAUGUUCACUUGUAAUAAGUUAAUAAAUUUUGAUUCUUUUUCCGGUGAGCCAUAUCAAACAAUUUGCAUUUUUAUGCAACAUAACAAGACUGCUGUCACCUGUCCGCGUCUUGGUCAAAUAACGAAUCAGAUGAACUUUAUUUCUCUUUUCUUUCUUUUGGAUCGAGAGUAAGUCUUGAGAAUUCUCUACGACGGUGAGCAAGGUUAGGGGGAAGGGGAAAUUCUUGCCGUAAGUGAUGGAAAUCAAAUUCUUGUCACAAAGGUAUUUAUUGUGAAGGUUAAUUUGAAAUAACGUCUUUGUUAUUACAAAGGUACUAUAUGUGCAUCCGACUUUUCAACUUAUUUUAAGAGCUGACUUAUCAACUUGGGGAUGAUUACAUUUUGUUAUAUUCAAAAAAUAGUUGUCAUAUUGCUGCCGUGGAAACCUUUACAACAAUCACGAUAUUAGAGUUUUAAUCCCAAAGAUUGAGGUCGGCUAUUUAAACAAUUAUUGGUCACAAAUGAAUAACUCGAUGAUCUUUAUAAGCUCGGGUACAGCCCCGCGGGCACUAUGUUAUAUAGAUGCCAACAACAUAGAAUCAUAAAAUUUUAUUGACCCUUCCUUUAAAAGCACGCUUGAUUUCUUAUUAUUUUCUAAUAGACCGAACCUGUAAGAACCUGGCCAAUCUUGAAAAAUAAAGGGUGAAUUCCGUUAUAAACAGGUUGGGUCACAAAGUUUUAAUAGCUCCUGCCGCAUUGAACGCCUUUAAGUCACAAAUGAUUAUCUCGAUUGAGGUGUUUAUUCGGGUCAUGUGUUUCGAGUUGGUUCAAAAUCAAGUCUUGUGUCCAUAUUGACUUUUACAUAAUUUUAAAUUCAUUUUGAAGUCAGGUCAAUCGGAUAAAAAGCGUAUUAUCGGAUAUGUUUUGAACAACUCUAGGUAGAACCCUUCAGGCACACUUAGAGGUGUUCAUUCAGGUAAUCGGGUCGGUUUCGGAUGGGUGUUAUUCGAUUCGGAUGCGUGUUGCGACGGGUCAUACUCGGGUCAGGUCGGUUAGUCACGGUUCAGUUGAAGAUUGGUUAUUCGAGCUAUCAAGUUAGCAUCAGUUCGGUGUCGGUUGAAGUUCGUGUUGAGUUUCAAUCGGUCUCGGGUUGUUAUCGGUUAAUAAUUGGUUCAGUUUUACUGGAUGCAGAUCGGAUUUGGAUAUUUUUCAAGUAAAAUUCGGCUACG